AUGGUGGCACACGGGGACGGCGGCGAGGAAGCCAUGUACGUAGUAGCGAUAGACGAAGGAGACAAUACCGGCGAUGCGAUGCCUCGCGCGGCUCUGACAACUGCGACAUUGCAGGUCGGUACCACAGUUGACAAGUUAGCAUACCAAAAGGCCGAGGCACCUUUCUGGAAGAGCCAGAACAUAUUCGUGGUUCGCAGCCACUGCAUUUCCGCCAUUCCACGUGGCCGCACGGAUUGA